CGCAGAUUGAUGACGUUUACAACUUCUGUUUACUGAGGAACUGCUACUGUCAGUUUCGUAGAAGCAAUUUUUUAUAACUAAAACACACGUCUCUUCCCAUCAAACAGGCUGGGAUCUUGGAUGGAGUGAGUGUUGAGCCCCUAUGAGAUGACUGACCAGGGCAACAACAACCAGAACAUCUCCUGCAACCCCUUCGCUGCCCUCUUCAGCUCACUGGCUGAUGCCAAACAGUUUGCAUCAGGCCAGAAACCACAACAGCAGUCUGCUGAACCACCAUUGGAGGACUCAGGAGAGAGCCAGUCAGACUCAGAAAACUCUGUGUCAGACAGCGUUGAUGACAAUGACGACUCCGUGGCAGAGAUCAGCCGCUCGUUCCGGUCCCGCCAGGAGCUGUGCGAACAGCUCAAUGUCAAUCACAUGAUCCAGCGAAUAUUUCUCAUCACUCUGGACAACAGUGACCCCAGUCUAAGAGGAGGUAAUGGGAUCCCUCCUCGCUGUGUGUACCUGGAGGAGAUGGCUGCAGAUCUGGAUGGACAGGACUGGCUGGAUAUGGACAACAUAGAACAGGCUCUGUUCAACCGUCUGCUGCUGCUAGAGCCAGGAAACCACCUCAUCUACAUGACGUCAUGCAGCGCUGUAAACCUGUCUGCAGAUCGUGAUGCAGGAGAGAAAUGUGCCAUCCCCUACCUAUUUGCCUGUUACCAGAGGGCUAAAGAGGAGGUGACGAAGGUACCAGAGAAGUUACUGUCGUUUGCUGUUCGCUGUAAGAACCUGACAGUUUCAAAUACACGGACAGUUCUUCUCACCCCAGAGAUUUACAUCAGCCAGAACGUCUACGAACAGCUUCUGGACCUGCUGCUGGAAGGUUUCAGUGGAGCACAGCCAGAGGAGGUGGUUGAGUUUGUGGAGGAGGUCAUUGCUGGCCUGCUCUCUGACCAGGAGGUGCGUACCUUCGAGGAGGUGAUGGUUCCAGUGUUCGAUAUCUUCCAGGGACGCAUCAAAGACUUGGACCUCUGCCAGCCUCUCCUUUAUUCCUACUUAGAUGUCCUCCUCUAUUUCAGCCACCAUAAAGAUAUUGCCAAGGUAUUGGUGGAACAUAUUCAGCCCAAAGACCCAGCCAAUGGUUUGCAGUACCAGAAGAGCCUGUUGGGGACAGUGUUGAGUAUCUCUUGCUUGUUAAAAACCCCAGGUGUGGUAGAGGGGCAUGGCUACUUCCUGAACCCCUCCCGCUCCAGCGCCCAGGAGACAAAGGUGCAGGAGGCCAACAUCCACCAGUUUAUGGGCCAGUUUCACGACAAGUUGCACCAGGUCUUGAAAAACUUGCUCCAGCGAUCAGGCGAGACGCGCCACCUGCUGCUCUCGUGGCUGGGCAGCUGUCUGCAGGCUAACGCUGGUCGAGCCAAGAUAUGGGCCAAUCAGAUGCCCGAGAUUUUCUUCCAGAUGUAUGCUUCAGAUGCGUUCUUUUUAAAUUUGGGUGCAGCUCUGCUGAAGCUGUGCCAGCCCUUCUGCAGGCCUCGUUCGCCCAAGCUGCUCACCUUCAACCCGACCUACUGUGCACUCAAAGAGCUGAGUGAAGAAGAGAGGCGCAACCGCAAUGUGCAUGCAAGAGGUCUCGACAAGGAAACCUGUCUGAUCCCUGUGCCCCCUCAGCAGCCGGUGGAGUCUGCACAGUCCUACAGCCUGCUGACUGAAAACCUCAUCCUCACACAGCUCACCCUGCAUCUCGGCUUCCACAGGCUCCACGAGCAGAUGGUGAAGAUGAACCAGUCUCUCCACCGGCUCCAGGUGACGUGGCAGGAGGCCCAGCGAACUGGCAACCCGAUGUCGGAGCAACUCCUGGAGCAGUUUGAGCGUCUGAUGAUUGUUUAUCUGUCAACCAAAGCUGCCACUACGCAGCCAGCUAUGCUGCAAUGCUGCCUUAACCUCCAAGCCUCCACUGCUGCUCUGCUGGUUCAGCUUGGUGUUGGAAACCAGGGGCCUGAGCAUGUAGCACUCAGUUUCCCCCUGUCCUCCCUGCAGGAUACUAUGCUCUGCUAUGUACCAGAGUUUUUUGCAGAAAACUUGGGAGAUUUUUUCAUCUUCCUGCGGCGAUUCGCAGACGAUGUCUUGGAGACUUCUGCAGAAAGUCUGGAGCAGAUUCUUAACUUCAUCACUGUCUUCAUGGGAAAUGUAGAGAGGAUGAAGAACCCACACUUACGAGCAAAGCUUGCAGAGGUCUUAGAGGCGGUGAUGCCACACAUGGAGCCGGUGGCUCCUGGUGCUGCUCAGCCAAUUGUUUACCAGCGAGAGAGAGUCUUCUGCUCCUACAGACAUGCACCUCAGCUGGCCGAGGCCCUCAUCACUGUGUUUGUAGACAUUGAAUUCACAGGUGAUCCUCAUCAGUUUGAACAGAAAUUCAACUACAGGAGACCCAUGUAUCCCAUCCUCAAGUACAUGUGGGGCAAAGACAGCUAUAGAGAGAGCAUCAAGCAUUUGGCCGACUAUGCAUCUGAGAACCUGGAGGCCAUGAACCCCCCUCUGUUCCUCAGGUUCCUCAACCUACUGAUGAAUGAUGCCAUCUUCCUACUGGACGAGGCUAUUCAGUACCUGAGUAAAAUCAAGGUUCUGCAGCUGGAGCGGGAUCGAGGAGAGUGGGAAGGCCUGGCCCCUGAUGCCCGAAGGGAGAAGGAGUCAAGCCUACAGAUGUUUGGACAGCUGGGACGCUUCCACAACAUCAUGUCUAAUGAGACCAUCGGCACACUGGCCUUUCUCACCUCAGAAAUCAAGGGGAUAUUUGUGCACCCCUUCCUGGCUGAGAGGAUCAUCUCCAUGCUGAACUACUUCCUGCAGCACCUGGUGGGUCCUAAAAUGGGUGCCCUUAAAGUCAAGGACUUCAGUGAGUUUGACUUCAAGCCCCAGCAGCUGGUCUCUGACAUCUGCACCAUCUACCUGAACCUGGGUGACGAGGAGAAUUUCUGUGCUACAGUCCCAAAGGAUGGACGAUCGUACUCUCCGACCCUCUUCUCCCAGACCGUUAGGGUACUGAAGAAGAUCAACAAGCCUGGAGACAUGAUAGUAGCUUUUGGACUUCUUGCUGAUAAAAUAAAGUCCCAUGCAGACAGACAGCAACAGGAAGAGGAGACAUACUCAGAUGCUCCAGAUGAGUUCUUGGACCCCAUCAUGUCCACUCUGAUGCUAGAUCCUGUUCUUCUGCCCUCUUCUAAUGUUACAGUAGACCGCUCAACUAUAGCAAGGCACCUUGAUCAGACAGACCCGUUCAAUCGCAGUCCUCUAACCAUGGACCAGAUCAGGCCAAAUGAGGAACUCAAACAGCAGAUCUUACAGUGGCUGGAUAAGCAUAAGCAGGAGAGGCUGCAGCUGGGACCCAGUGGCUAGCCGUAAUCUGUCACUGUGACGAACCAUGACUGCAUCCUUGUUUUCUCUCCUGGCCCACAUCUCACGUGCUUCUCUGCUUCUUGGCUAAUCCAUGGUGUGCUUGCCUCUGUGGAUUUCCUCUGAUUCCUCUGGUCCGACAAACAUUACAUUAACCUUUUCACGCAGUCUUCAUCCUCAGUGGAUUCAUUCUGUGACAACAGUCCAGGCAAACUGUAGCUGCACACGGACUGGUGACGACGUCAAAAUCCAUGCACAGUAGCUGUUCGACUCCCACAAUGCCCUAUGGUAAACAGUAGUAGGGUGAUGCAACCUCUGAUUCCACUCCCCCUGAAUACUGUGUAUUAAUUAGAUAUUACAGACAGAACUGUGGCCAGAGUAUCAGUUUCAACAAGACUUGUUGAAUGUACUGUAUGAACUCCUGACUGACCAGCUGGCCAAAACAAGAUUUUAUACUGCAAGGUAAGUAUUUUUGGGAACUCAUGAGGCAGAACAUGGAUGGAGUCAUUUAUGAUUUAACCUUGAUUUCACCUUCAUGAAGAAUACAUCAUCAUACACUGCCUUUCAAAAGGUCUUGAACACCUUAUAUUUCAGCACUUUUGGUCAAAUCUCAAGCAGCAUUGUAAAUAAAACUAGUAAUUAAAAGUAAGACAUAAGUAAAACUGAAUUUAAUUGUGUUUGACUUUUAUUUUAUUGGAAAUAAUAAGACGUUCAGAACCUGUAGCUCAAAAUCAUACUGUGUAUUUAUUUUACAGUGGUCUGUGUUUAAACAUGAGUAGAUGAGGGUCUUCAAAUCCUCAAGUGCACCUGCUUCAAUUAAGCACCAAUUAAAGUCCUUGUUAGAAUCUGAGAAUUUGAUAAUUAUUAGGUUUUUAGCUACUGCACAGUAACUACUCUAAUUUGAUCUGUAUUGUAGGAUGUAGUACAUAUACACAUGUACCUGCAGAAAUAUUUUAGAUUCAUUCUAUCCUGAGAGAGAAGCUGUUACUAGCUAUUAGAUAAAUACAGAGAGGAAAACAUGAUAUAUUUUAGCACAAUAGGUUCUAUUGACAACAACGUGGACUGUGGUCAGCCAAUCAUGACGAGCUGAGGACCACUCAAUAGACCGGUAUUGGUCUUUGCAUCAGAUUUUCAAACUGGAAAAAACGUGGUGGUCGUUGUUGAAAUAUCACAGAAUUUCUUCUGAACUCCCCACCAAAAUCUUAGGUGAAAAUAAGCCACAUAGCUGCAGAAGCAUGCUUCAUUUUAAAUGGGCAACAUAUAGAUUCAAUGAAAAAUUUGGAAAGGAUGCAAGUCUAUUCUCUAAACGUUUCCUGAUUUGUCAGGUGCAUCUUUGACUGAGCUGAAUGGUUUCUCGCACAUGGAUGUUUCCAGACUUAGAUCUUCUUGUUGUUUUCAAUAAGAUUAAAAAUCACAAUAUUUUCUCAUUUUACCCCUAACAUCUGCUUGUAUGGUUUUAUUUUAAGGUCUUAACAAAGGUCAGAAAUAUAGAGUUCAAUCAUUUUUGACUGGCAGUGCAUGUGAUACUCAUUCUCAUUCUCAUCCUUUUAAUUAACAAUCACCAGAUUAUAACAGAAGAGGUUUUGUUGUAAAUGCAUAGUGUUUUAACAUGUGGGCAAACAGUUGAUCAAUAGAAUUGGUGCCUAAAACCAAGAGCCUUGCAGUAAUUGUCAACAAAUGAGGAUCUGACUUGUUUCAUACUCCUAGGAGACAUAAUAAUGAGUUUGUUUCUUUUAGGCAUAUUGGGAGCUGUGAGUAGAAAGUGAGAAAAAGAGAACUUGUUUUUGAGUAGCUUUUUGAUCUAAAGGGUUUUAAUUCAAAAGCAAGAGUGGUUGUAUAAAGUGGCAAAAUGUGAAAGGCAUACAAGAUGUAUUUUUUGGCAUGCCCUCAUACUGUAUGUUGAAUAUCUACCACCUGAAGGAUUACAUGGGUUAAAUUAUAAUGCAAUAUCUUUGUUUUAAUUGUGAUUAUAAAACAUUUAUUUUGGAUGUACAGUAUGAUUUAAAAAAAUAAAACUAAUGUGCGUUAUAUAAGA